AUGCCCAACCUUUCCGACCUACCUUCCGAGGUUUAUGCAGUUAUCUUCUCCCACGUUCCACCGCUUGAACGACAAAGGGCAGUGUUGAGUUUGAGUCGCGCUCUCCCAAGAUCGCCUGUCCCCACCAGCCAGAUCUAUAACCACAUUAUUGUUUAUACAGCUGCCGCUGUUUUUCAUUUGUACAAGCACUUUCGCCACAGAAAGGAGCAGGAGGCUGGUCUAUACAAUCCUAGCGAACUAGUCAAGUCAAUCAACGUCCGUGUAUGGAUCGUCGAUGCGGAUUUGGUCGCCAAUCUCCUUGCAUUAUUGCCGUCUGUUCCAAAUAUUCAAAUGUGCGUUGGAACUACAUACAGCCCGGAGCAUUUGCACGACAUUUUCACUCGCCCUCGACUCACUCUUCGGACUUUGCAAUUGCGAUUCAAGCCUUAUGUCGAGAAAGCCACAUACAUGCCAUUCCUCAAGGGUGCCUACUUUGAUUCGACUAUCACUCAACUCACCAAAUGGCCGGCAAGUGAAAAUGACUAUCUUAGGCACCUGUCGAUCACGCAGGACACGAUCUCGUACAAAUCACAUAUCCAGUUCGCUCAGCCACUUGCAUUUUUCUCAUUCAAACCUCUUGCCGAAUUAGCCGUUUCUCCUAUUGGCCAGCAACUUCGAGCGCUACGCGUAUCUGUACCUGCAAAACCAGUGAUAACUUAUAUCGGCUCCGCUGCAAAUUCGUUCCCACACCUUACUUUCUUAGACAUCUCGACCACAGCACUACCACCGCCGAACGCCGAACGGGCGAUUGGGACCCUACUUUCGCGACUUGCCCGCCUAGAACACAUUGUCAUUGAUCGCAAUGCCGGACCAAUGCCCCGUGAUUCUUCAGGGUGGGCGUCUCUGGGCCGAGCAUGCGCACUAGCAGGAGUAGACAGGGCAAAAGAGAAAGAGAAUCAAAUUCAAGAAUGGAUGGAUAGGAAGAGACAAGAGGAAUCAGCAGCCCAAGGGGAGGAAAUCGAAGGACCUCCCCCUCUGGCCCCUUUGGACCCAAUACAUGCGCCUCGCGUUCGACGAGGUCGACGAGGCUUGGCUACUGCAACAAUUUCGCUGCGCGACCCCCGGCCCGCACCUGUCGCUUCCCCCAGCUCUGCUUCAUCGUCCACCCGUGAUCCAACUGCUCGUCGCGUACGCAUUGUGCCUUCUCCACCGACUCUACAAACGUUUUCAACUGCAUAUGCGGGUCCAUCCAACCCCUCGGCUCAACAGAGAUCUGAAUGGGGCCGAGCUUUCGUCAGAGGGUUUCUAGACGGUUGCAACACUUUGAAUAAAAUCUGGCAACGAAUGCGAGAUUCUGAUAAUGUGCGCGUCAUGAGAUUUACCGACACCGACUUGGAGCUGUUUCAUGACGAUGACGAUGACGUGCCCUCAGCCUUUCAAGGAGUGGCUGACAUUGCGAUAGCUGGACAUUGGAUUGGAUGGGAACCGAGUCCACCGAUUAUAUGCUUCGGAUCGGAACGUGCCGUCAUCGGGAUAAACAAACAUGCAGACGAUGGUCAGCCCCUAGCAGACAUGCUUGGUGAGAUGCGAAUCGGGGAUCCUGGGGCGUUUAAUACCACUCUAUCUGCGGAAAUUUCCAGUGAUGGCGAAACUCCGGGUGCCGUGGGUACACUACCUGUCAUGAUCGUAAACGAUCCUCCGAGCUCAGUCGGAGGACUUUGGGCAGAGGAAAGCUUUAUUGAAUGGGGGCCUGGACAUACCGAUGGCUGUGGUCAUGAUAUUGGGAGGCGAAUCUUUGACUGA